GUCGAAUGUGACCGAACGGCUCACUACUUCCGCCACGGCCCGCAUCAUGGUGACGGAUGUGAAUGAUAAUGCACCCCAGUUCGUCAUUCCAACCGGGGCCGACAGUACGGUUUACAUCAGUGAUGCACUCGAGAUCAAUCAGAUCAUUGCCCACGUGGUAGCGAUCGAUCCGGACAGUGGUGAGAACGGGCGGAUCGAGUACGACUUUGUUAGUGGUAAUGAGGACGAACGGUUCGCGAUUGAUGCUAAUUCCGGAGCGAUCCGAUUGGCGAAACCGUUUAGCAGCAGCAACUUUAUCGCGGACAGUGGUAAACGGAAUGCGGUCAGUGGGAAGUAUCAGCUCGUGAUAUCGGCCAGUGACCACGGUACACCGAGGGCACGCGAUGCCAAGGUGACGCUGCAUAUAGUGAUCCAGAAUACGGCCAACAAUCCACCCCGGUUCUUCGAGUCCGUUUACCAUGUGAACAUCACCGAGAAUGUCCCCAGCGGUAGCUUCGUGGUGCGCGUGUCGGCCAAAUCGUUCACCGAUGUGGCCAGCACAGGGGGAAACGUCAAUCUUACGUACGAGAUACCGAAAGGGGUCGGUGAGGAUCACUUUGUGGUGGAUUCGUUUCGUGGUAUCGUCACCACACGCGGUUCGUUCGACCGGGAGAGCAAAGAUCUGUACACGAUUCCGAUCUACGUGACGGAAGCGAGCCAGUUCAAGAAGGUUUCGCCAAUCUCCGGUGGUACACACGAUCCAGUGCCACAGUUCGAUGUGGCCACACUAGUCGUACGGAUAACGGACGUGAACGAUCAUGCGCCAGAGUUUAUUCCGGGUUCGUGCUACCCGCUAGCGAUUCCCGAGAACAGUGAGCUCUCGGUAAUCCACACCGUCGUCGCGUUCGAUGCGGACGAUGGUUUGAAUGGUGAUGUCACGUACAGUAUAUCCGGUGGUAAUGUGGGUAACAAGUUCAGUAUCGAUCUGCAUACUGGUGCGUUGACGGCGCGACCACUCGAUCGAGAGGUUCACGCACGUUACGUACUACAAAUUACGGCCCAGGAUCGUGGUUCUCCCGUGGCACACCAAGGUCACUGUAAUAUCACGAUACGCGUCGAGGAUGAGAACGACAACGAUCCCAAGUUUGAGCUGCAAAAGUACAUCGCAACGAUCGACGAGGAUGUCCCCGUUGGUACGACCGUACUGACGGUGAAGGCGAUCGAUGCCGAUGUUGGCAUCAACGCACGGAUCGUGUACUCGCUGGCCAACGUUACCGAGUGGUUGUUUAACAUCGACAGCAAAACGGGACUCAUCACGACCGCUGGUUCCUUCGAUCGUGAGCGACAGAACGUGUACAAUUUUAUGGUGGUUGCCAUGGAUGGUGGCCGGUAUAAUGCCCGAUCGCAGAGUGUCCCGGUGCAGGUGAUGAUAGCGGACGUCAACGACAACAAGCCGGUGUUUGAUAAGUAUCCGUUUCGGGAGCAGAUCGGUGCACUGGUACAGCCGGGCCAAACCUUGCUACACAUCUCGGCGACGGACGGUGAUCAGGGUGCCAAUGGUGAGAUCGUUUACAGUCUGAACGAAAACGCCGCCAAUGCCAAGUUCCGCAUCAAUCCAACCACCGGUGCACUGAGUGCGAUGCAAAGCCUGGCCAGCGAGAAUGGCCGAUUGCUGCACAUUGAGGUAACGGCCCGGGAUAAGGGCAAUCCGCCACAGAUUGCGACGGGAUUGAUUGAGCUGCGCGUUGGUGAGCUACAGCAGGAGCUACCGACGUUACGCUUCCAGAAUAGUUCCUAUCGUGUGACGCUGAUGGAGAACACUCCGGUGGGUCAAUCGGUGCUACAGCUCAGUGCGGUGCGGAGUGAUGGAAGGCGACAGAAGAUCAUCUACAGCUUCGGUUCAGGCAAUGAAGAUGGUACCUUUUCGAUCGAUGCCGUUACGGGUGAGAUCAAGAUUCGGAACUCGCAGAAUCUGGAUUACGAAAAGUUUACGACGAGCCGACGGAUGAAGGGACCAUCAACCACGGUGGCGCAUGAUGGUGGUGCUGGUGGGUUCGAGCUUGUGGCCGUUGCGCGUACCGACGGUAGUCCGCUACUGUACGGUUACAGCACGAUCACGGUGGAGUUGCAGGACGAGAACGACAAUGCGCCUCGGUUUACGCAGCAACAGUACGCGGCCUCGGUUUGGGAGGGUAACAGCAAGGGCACGUUCGUGAUCAAGGUUGGUGCCUUCGAUGCCGACCAGGGUUCCAAUGCGCGCAUCCUGUAUCACAUCGUCGAUGGUAACCAUGACAACGCUUUCAUCAUCGAACCGGCCUUCAGUGGAAUCGUCAAGACGAAUAUAGUGCUGGAUCGCGAAAUCCGGGACAAGUACCGGCUCAAGGUGAUUGCUACCGAUGAAGGAGUGCCGCAGAUGACCGGUACGGCCACCAUCAACGUCAAUGUGGUCGAUGUGAACGAUAAUCAGCCAACCUUCCCACCAAACACCGUCAUCAGUGUGAGCGAAGCAACAAGUGUGGGAACCGUACUGACGACCAUUACGGCCAACGAUGUCGAUACGAAUCCACCGCUAACGUACAGCUUUGCCGAGCUAAGCGAUGAUGAUGCGACAAGCUACUUCUCGAUCGAUCGGUACAGUGGCAAGAUCACGCUCACUAAACCGCUCGACUACGAGGAACGGCAUGAGUUUGUGCUCCGGUUGCUGGCAUCCGAUUCGGCACACGUGGCACGCACCUCACUCACCGUCCGCGUGCUCGAUGUCAACGAUAAUGCUCCGAUCUUUCAACAAAUCACAUAUCACGCGAUGCUAUCGGAUGCAACGGAUGGUAGUGGGAGCAGUAGCAACGUGCUCAUCCUUACCGUGAACGCAACGGAUGCGGAUAGCGAACCAAACGGCGCAGUACGUUACGCCAUCACUUCGCCAGCACGAUCCACAGGCUUUACGAUCGAUGAAACGGCUGGUCAUCUGUUCGCCAACGUUAGCCAACUUACCUCAAGUGCUGGCAGUGGUAACAGCGGAACCCUGUACCUCACAAUCAGUUCCACCGAUUCGGGCCAGCCCGCUCUCAGCUCGUCGACGAUCGUACGGUUGGAGUUGAAGGCGAAGGGUAAAGCGAAUCCUCAGUUCGUGCAGGCCCAGUACCGUGCGACAGUCAUGGAAGAUGCACUCCCCGGGACGACCGUCGUCAAUUUGAUUCCCAAGUCCGUGCUGAGCAGUCAACCGGAGGCCGGUGCGGCGAUUGCGUUCGAGAUCGUGUCCGGCAACGAGGAGUCCAUUUUCGAUGUAACCUACCCAGAGGGAGCGAUCGUGCUGGUCGAUCGGUUAGAUCGCGAGAAGGUUGAUUACUACGAGCUGAAGCUGGUCACCCUGGACCCAGGUGCCCGCCAUAUGUACAAGCACAUGAACCUGAGUUCGGUGGUGCGCGUGUUGAUCACGGUGGACGAUGCGAACGAUAAUGCACCCGAGUUCCAACCGGGUGCGUACGAAGCGACAAUCAGUGAGCUGGCACCGAUUAAACACUCGAUCGCCAAGCUGUCGGCGGUCGAUGCGGAUCAACCCGGGCUACCGAGCUCCGAUGUGGUGUACCAGAUCAUCUCCGGUAACGAUAGUGGCAUGUUCUCGAUCGAUCUGGUGUCGGGGCUCCUCUACACGAACAACAAUCUUGACUACGACCGGGGCCAGAAUCAUUACAAUCUGGUGGUGCGAGCGUGCGACAGUGAUGCGCUGCCCAAGUGUUCCGUCCAUCCGUACGCGAUCUCGUUGACGGAUGAAAACGACAACGAGCCUCAGUUCCCGGUGCCCGAGUACCUGGAGUUUGUGGGCGAGAAUGAACCGAUUGGGAUUAGCAUCUUCACGGCACGUGCCACCGAUCUCGACCAUGGACCGUACGGUGCAGUGAACUACACAAUCGACACGACCGUGGCCAGUGCGUACUCCUCACCAUCGGAUGAUGCCAGCUGGAAGCUCUUCAAGGUCGAUCCCGUCACCGGGGUGGUUAAUUCGAAUGCCGUGUUCGAUUACGAGGAGAAGAGCCGGUACGCGUUCACACUGCGUGCCACCGAUGCCGGUGGCAAGUCGAAAACGGUUCGCGUGAAGAUUGUGAUCGAGAGCCGCGAUGAGUUCAGUCCACAGUUUAGCGAACGCACGUACCGCUUCGUGAUCAAGACGCCCACGGGUCAUGCAGCGGCCGCCGGUUUACCGGUCGGGUAUGUGGUGGGUCAUGUGACGGCCACGGAUCGCGACCGAGGACCCGAUGGACGCAUCGUGUAUCAGCUGACGACGCAGCAUCCGUACUUCAAGAUGAACCGCACGACCGGGGCCAUCCUGAUCAAGAAGAAGAUGGAAAACCUCUCGGCCAUGCUGGAUGCGGGCAGGGACAUCAGCCUGGUCGUGACGGCUGGUUCCGGCCGGCAAGGUUCGCUCACGAACAUGACCGUGGUUGAGAUUGCGAUCGAUGCUUUGGCACACCUUAAAGGCAACGAGCUGGGCAGCGGUACCGGUGCCUUCGAUAGUUCGCAAUCGGCCUCGGCCGGAGGUGGUGGUGGGCUGGCCAGUUGGGCCAUCGGGCUCGUUGUCUCACUGUUACUAGUCAUCGUUGGAGCGGCCUCGGUCUUCCUUUUCCUGCACAUGCGCAAUCGCCAGCAGAAACAUGUCAACAAGACGGGGCUGAGUGCGGAAUCGGUUGGCCAUUCGAACAACUACGUUGACCCGAGUGCGUUCGAUACGAUCCCGAUCCGUGGAUCCUCGAGUGGCACCACGAGUGGUGGCCAGUUUGCACCGCCAAAGUACGACGAGAUUCCUCCGUACGGAGCAAGCUCAAAUUCCGGGGCGGCCACCACCUCGGAGCUGUCCGGAUCGGAACAGUCGGGUUCGAGUGGCCGAGGAUCGGCGGAAGAUGAUGGGGAAGAUGAGGAGAUACGAAUGAUCAACGAAGGGGGUCCACUGCAGCGCGAUGGUCUAACGCUCGAUGGCCGGCUUUCGGACGUUUCCGUACAGAACACGCAGGAAUAUCUGGCCCGGUUGGGCAUCGUGGACAAUGGUACGACGGGCAAUGCGUCGAACUCGUCACGCCGUUGCUCGGAGAGUAUGGGUCUCGGUAGCUCAAAGGAUGCCAUGCUGCACACGCUGCCGAUUGAUACGCUGCACAUGUUCGACGAUUCCGAUCACCGAGAAUCGGACCUCACGAAUCUUAUCUACGCCAAGCUGAACGAUGUCACCAACAAUAGCGAUCGAGCGAGCAGUGUUGACGAGACGGUCACGAAUGCGGGCAGCAUUGGUGCGACCGUCGAUCACGUCAUGAUGGGUGGUUACGGGGAUGUGCCGGUGGUGGGCAACCAGCAGGGUAUCUCGAUGAAUGGUUCCCUCAGUUCGAUUGUACAUAGUGAGGAGGAACUGACGGGGAGCUACAACUGGGACUAUCUGCUCGACUGGGGCCCCCAGUACCAACCGUUGGCGCACGUGUUCUCGGAGAUUGCCCGCCUCAAGGACGAUACGCUGUCGGUGCAGAGCGGCAACAGUGGGGCGUCGAGUGCGAAGAGUAAAAACUCGUUGCACCACACGGUGAAGAACAUACCGCCACCGUUGCUGACGAAUGUAGCGCCACGAUCGAUCAAUGUGCCGGUAUUUGCCGGCCGGAACAAUCCUGGUGCCACGGGUCAUCACGGGACUGCACCCAAUCAGUAUCUGCUACCUCGGUCUCCCAUUAGCCAUGAUUCGGCCGCUGGCUUCAGUACCUCGUCUGCCAUGUCGCCCAGCUUUUCACCUUCCCUCUCCCCGCUAGCGACACGAUCACCGUCGAUCUCGCCGCACGUCGUGUCCGCUAGUGUACCCACCUCUCACCACAUGGUAUCGCUCCCGAGGCCACCGCAACAACGGGGACCCCGGAAGCCCUACUAACAACCCCCCACUCUGCCGUUGAGCAAUGGCGCAGAGCGACUCUGGGCAACAUGGCUGUGUGAAAGGACAAAGUUCCCUCGAUCGUUCGAUGUACAUACUGUGAUCCCUUUUACCCGCGGUUG